CACAAGUGGAUCCUCAGAGCGGAGAAGUGGAGAGAAGAUGAUCAGACGCGGCUGUUGACAGAAAUCGCGACUGCAUCGCCUUGCACCAGCCACGCCGCAUUCACUCCGACGCCUCCGCUCUCUGCAAAUUGCACCACACACGCUUUAAAUGGCGGAUCGAUUUGCAAUCCAGAGACAGCCUUUGAGUGCAAAGGAUCAGGAAAAGGCCAAAAAUGAGCUUCGCGAAACGCCAGAAAUCCGGGCGCAGGAGAUCGAGAAAUUGAGGAAGCUUAUCAAAGCUGAGGAAGGACUUGUUUGGGUAGAUACGGAUGAGUUCUUGACUGCAUUUUUGAGACCAUCGCACUGGUAUGCGGAAAGUGCAUUAGAGCUUAUCAAGAGGGUAGCCGAUUUCCGUGCUAAAAAUUGGACUCUGAUUGGAGAUUUGGAGCCUAAAACCGAGGAGCAGCGCAUCGUUCACAAUGUGGUGAACGUCAUUCCCGAGAGAGACCAAGAGGGUCGCCGAAUGCUUAUUGUCAACUGUGGAGCUAGCUGGGAUCCUAGCGAGGUGAACACGGAUCAUUUAUUUAGACUGCUGUAUUUGGUUCACUUGGUUGCCCUAGAAGAACCAUCUACUCAGGUCAACGGAGUGGUUGUUAUUAUGGACUUUAAGGGGAUGGGUAUGAAGCAGGUCAAAGCUUUCACCCCUAACUUCUCGAUGCGACUUCUGACCUUUAUUCAGCAUGCUAUGCCAAUACGUCUCAAGGCUGUGCACAUCGUCAAAGAGCCGUUUGUGUUCAACAUGGUUUUCCAGCUUUUCAAGCCAUUCAUCCAGGAAAAGCUGAAGUCCAGAAUGUUCUUCCACGGUGACAAGAUGAAGAAGCUGCACGAACAUAUCAGCCCCUCUUGCCUGCCCGAGGAUUACGGCGGCACUUUGCCAAAGAUCAAUUAUGGCGGAAAGGAGUGGUACGGUCCGCUCUUGACCGCCGAGAACGGUGUCAAGGCCUGGCAGAAAAUGGGUUACGAGAAGGACCUGAAGAAAUAAAGCCUAGUGCAGCCAUUAUCAACAAUGAAAUAUUCCAGCAUGUGUAAUUAUCAAAAUGUUUAGUCAAUCAUCAUUCUAGUUAAUCGACUCUAGCAGUCAUUUGUGGUUCCUACUAUUACAAAAUCUGUUACCGUUUU